AUGGCUACGACGGCAGCAGGCCCGCGUCGGUGGGAGAUCAUUGGCAGGAAGGGCGGCCCUUGGGAAAAAGUCGACAUCAAUUCUUUCACUGAUGGUCAACCCAGCCAGUGGCCGGUCAACAAUCCUGUUUGGAAAGCCAGAUAUCGACGAAGCUCCGAAGAGCGACACUUGAUUCAUUUGGCAAAGGCGUGGAUGAAGCAACGAGGACAAGAGCACAUUGGCGUUGAAUAUUACCUCGACAAGCUUCCAGACGGCUACGCGCUGUUCGAAACGGACCAGCUUACCGGCAGUCAAGUCUUCAAGCGCUUAUUUGGCCAUCCCAGCGGAAAAUACUACGACUCCAUCGUGAAGUUCGAAGUUCACUUCUUAUGGCUUAUGUCUGGCAAGCAAGGCCAAUGCGAUUGUGUACAUUGUGGAAAGCCGCAAGUCAAAACUGCCAUCCCCAGAAAGCCUCGCCCUACAGAGUUCGAAAGACUUCUGACCGACCGGAGAAGAGCUCCCAUUCAUUCCGACUCCGACGUUUCAUCACGGUCUACUUCGGCCGCAGGCGGUGCUUCGGGCUUCACUUCGAGAAGACCACAACGACAAAUGAAGGCCGCUGGAGCUCCAUACGCGGUGGACGAGGAAGGAAAUGAAGAUGUCGUCAAGGACUUGCUCAGAAAGCUUGAGAUUAGCAAGAACGACAAGGCGGGAAUUGAAGACAACAUUCGGGAGGAGAAUUCGAUCGAUUGGAGAGCCGAGCACGAGUUUGAGAAUUAUGGGAAGGGCUUGAUCCAACAAAACCUGACCUUGGUCUCACAGCAGCAUUCGUUUUCUCCGCGGAUUAGCGAACUCGUGCUCUGGACUCCGCAGUUUCUUGACGAACACUUUCUCAUGAUCGAUCCCGAGAAGGAUGAAUACAAAUUCUACUCGUUUGAGCAGAAAUGCUUUCACGGAUUUCCAAAGUGGAGAGCCGGCCUCGUCACCCAGGUCCCUUGUGCAACUGCGCUGGAUGGGCCGGUCGACUUUCCAGACAUUCAAAAUCUGACGGACAAACAAACCUCCCUCAACACUUCGGGCUUCCGUGUCGAGACCUUUCCUGAUCCCAACAAUGAGAUUGAUAAGACAGCGUCCAAACAAUAUCGAUAUGUCCCUCUACGAAACAUACGACCGUUGAGUCAUUGGCAAAUACUCCUUCGGGGCAUUCCACGCAAAGAAUGGCAUCAGUCAAUUGAAUUCGCAUUGACCUGUAUGACAAGCCUCUCACUUUACGAGAAGUUCUGGUUCAAGGGUGAAUGGCCAAAUGGAAGUAUCUUCUUCAAGGGCCUCUAUAUUGGGUCCGAAUUCAUCGUGACUGGCGAUACAGUUCGACUGACUCCAGCUCCGACCCCAGCCGGCAAGGUCCGAAGAUGUACAGAUGUCAUGGUGGUGGAUUCGAUCAGACUGAACCUGCUCAACAUCCGACCAGAAGAUGUCUUACCAGAUACACCACUACUUGCGCCUUCGUCUUCAAUCAUCCUUGUGGGACGAGCGUAUACACUCGACAUACGGCGCCACUACCAGAUGCAAGGCCGCGAUCCCGAUGCCGCCCAGACUGUACUGCCAUCCCCCGUGCCAGACGAGGAAGUCAAGACCAUCUUCCGGCCUGUUGGCACAGGAGACUACGGUUCGUGGUACUAUCUGCACGAUCCUAACAAACGAUAUCUAGUCUCCUACGAUCGCGUGCUUGGCAGAUUGUACGAAGCUGGCGCGGUGCGUCUCUGGACAGGUCAAUUGCAGUUCAAGCCUAAGAAUGCCCAAAAGGUUGAGCUUAGACCAGAGUUGGAUUUCGACAUGAAAGCUAUCGAGGAAGGGCGCAGAUACGCGUCAAAGACUGAUGAACGAUUGGAAGAACCAGAAGAGGGCCAGGUCAACUGGUUCUGGGCCGACACCAGAGCGGAGGCAUUGGAUAUCCAAACCAUCAAUGGACAUGAGGUUGGAAAGUACCACGGUGUCAGAGACCCACGUACUCUUGACCAAUGGCGAGAGUAUAUGAAGCUUAUCAAUGGCCACACCGCAACACCAGACCUGUUCAAGUACACCUCGAACUUCCCAUCAGAUCUUCCGUCCCUCCCAGGAACAGGCCGAAGAGGACGAAAGCCUGGCUCGAAGCUUAUCAACGGCAAAGUUGUGAUGCCAGGAGAUCCAGGAUACGAGGAGGCAGGCAACAAAGCUCUCGCCGAACCUCAUUCUACACCGAGGCACAAGAGCAGUCAACUUGCUGGAGCCGCAUUGGUGUCAACAGAUGAAGAAGACGAAGACGAGGAGGACGCCGUUGAAGACAACGAGCAAGUUUUCCCGUCAGUUGAAAGACCUUCGAUGGAUGAGGCCAUGCGGCGCGAAAGUCCAACUGGUCAACAGAAGAAGGUCCAUGUUCAUUCGAAGGCGCAGAUCAUGGCCAAUCCGGAUGAUAUCGAGGAUGACAUCGACAAAGACGACGACGAAGAAGCGUGGUAUUUGGACAUCCCUCCAGCAAGAGGAGGCACAGAGGAAUCCGAAGGUGGUGAUUAUCGUCCUGUUGCAGAUGAUGAUUGAAACUUGAUAGAAGACAUGGGCUAAUUGACAGAAAGCACGUAGCCAGACCGUGCUGGAUAUUGCCAAUGAAGGAAUGAAGCAACGAUGGUUGGUCCGUGAAGGUUCAGAUGAAUUGUGGUGAUUGAGGACGACACGUUUUGUAUGAUUACCAUUGGAUAGUCUCAGUGCCGUCUGCACUGGCGACCAGUGAGGCAGGUCAUUGUGGUGACUGAACGACGACACGACUUGUACGAUAACCAUUGGGAGUCUCACUGCGUCUCCGUUGGCGACUAGGGAGGCAGCUUGCUACCGAGCAGCGAAACAUCAAGGCUUGACUGGCGGCGAAGCAAAGCCAGCUUUCAUAUCAAAAUUCCCCAAAAAUAUUGAAC